AUGCAACGUCCAGUUCGUGGAUAUCGUGGUGGUAGUCAUAUUGGUUCUCAUUUAAUGCAUAGUCAUAGUAUUAACAAUAAUGAUGAUAACGAUCGGGAUCAAUCAUCUCUAUCAAAUUCAAAUUUAGGUGAAACAGAAGAUGAUAAUAAUGAUAAUGAUACAACAAUAAAAGCAAAAAAUUCUUCUAUAUUAUCAUCAAUAGCAAUUAAUGUUGAUUUUGAAUCAGUUAUUCGUAGUCUUCAGCCAUUAGCAAUACGUCAAAAAAAGACAAAAAAUAAUUUAAAUACUAAUAGUCAAAAGGCUGAUUUACCUCAAUUAAAUAUGAUAAGUGAUACGACUGAUACUAUUGAUGAACAAACAAAAGAUAAACAAACACAUCAUUGGUUUCCAAAACCUGAUGUUGGUCAUGUUAAAUCGAAUGAUUUCAUUCGUCAUAAUCACAUUGGUGAACAAUUAACGCCACCAGCUUUAUUAACAGCAAUUCCUCCUGCUGAUAUAUUAACACGUCCAACAGCAAUAAUUGCUCAAGCUGCUCCAAUUCGAUCAAUAUCAACAUAUUUCUUAUCAAAUUCAUCAAUCGAAAAAGUAAAUAAUAAGAUUAUUGAUGAUUGUCAAACUAAUUUCAUAUUAAAAUCUAACCAACAAUCAACAACAUCAUUGUUAAAGCAAACAUCAUCAUCGGCAUUUCAACCAAUUAAUUCUAUACAAAAUUUAUCAUCGAAUAUAAUUAAUCGAGAAAAAAAAAUAAAACCUCAACCUGUUCUAAUCGAUAUACCAAAACAUAAACCAUUAGAACAUGAACAAAAAUUAACGAAAGUUCAUAUAUCUCAUCCACAAAGUCCAUCAAUUGUUCAUCUUAUGUUACAUGAAGAUUUUAAUAGAGCUUGUCGUCUUCUUCAUACAAUGUCAACACAUCCAGAACUACAAUCAAAUUAUAUACCUAAUCAUCCUUUUAAACCAGAAAUAAAUAAAAUAUGUGCGUGUUUUCAUGAGGGUCGUUGGUUUCGUUGUCGUAUUUUACAAAUUUCAUCAGAUUUAUCAACAGCAACUGUUAUCUAUUUGGAUUGGGGUAUGAUAAUUCCUGUACAAAACAAACCAAUCUAUCUUCGUCGUUUACCAAAUGAAUUUUAUAUUGAACCGGUUUGUUCGAUAAUGUGUCAUCUUGAUGGUGUAUCAAAUUCAAAUGAUUUGAUACCGUCUAAUAUUAUAGCUCAAUGUAUUAAUCUACUCAGUGAAAAUGAAUAUGAUGUUAUUGUUAAUGAUUAUCAUAGUACAAUUGGUGGUAAAAUUAUUCUUUCAUAUAAUGGACAAAUUAUUAAUGAUCAAAUACAAAAAUUAAUUUUACCUUAUGUAAGUUCUUUUAAGACUUUCACCCCUCGAAAAUUGAUUUUGGGUCAGACAUAUUCAAAUUGUAUCAAGUUUUCAGGAUAUAUUUUGAGGGUGUAGUGAAGAGACUACGAUAACAUUUUCAGUCCUAUACAACGACAUUGUCGGAAGAUACUUAACAAAACAACGAUCAAAAAGAGAUCAUUUAGCAACAUGAAAUUCUCUGUAGGCUUUUAUUCUAUACUAGCGAGAGCCCGUGCAUACUGCACGGCUGCUUUUUUUCCUGUGAAGUUACACUUCUGUCCUUUAGCUUUGAUUGGGUAAUAGACAAAAACCCAGUUCGCAUUAUCUAUAUAUAUAGAUCGUAUAGCCUGAUACCCUUGUAGAGUCAUACUCUUGUUGUAGUACUCCUUAUAGCCUAAUUCCGUUAUUUUCU